AUGAGCAGUGUCCGCAACAAUUCAACUCACACCGCCUUCGUGUCUGCAUCUCACUUUCGGCUUCUCUACCGGUGCUUGACAUCAACCUUCUCAUUUUGCGAUUCCGUUAUCAUGGAGAACGGCCCAUCUUCCGAGGGAAAGGACCCCUCAGUCUUCCUGAGCGAGAUCACCGGUGCACCCGUCAUCGUGAAACUGAACUCCGGUGUUGUUUACAAAGGCGAACUACAAUCGGUCGAUGGCUACAUGAACAUCGCCCUCGAAAAGACCGAGGAGUAUGUUAAUGGAAAGCUACGACGGAACUAUGGAGAUGCCUUUGUGCGCGGAAACAACGUACUUUACAUCUCCGCGAGCUGA